UUGGAAUUCAGUAGUCCUUGUUAUCGCGGGAAAUUCCCUGUACAUUAUCCACUGUCUCUCGAUCUCUCUCAUCAAUGGCGGAUGGAUGAGGCUUUCUCCUUCAAGAACGAUGCAGCAGAUUCAAGCCUUCUCGUCUUCCCUUGAAACUCAACUCCCCUUUGGACUCCACUUUCUAUCAACAACGACAACCAACACCAAACCAUUUAACUCCAACGCCGCUACUUUCUCUUCCUCCUCCUCCUCUUUUCAUCGACCUCGUCGUCGUUUGCUCCGCAACGCCUCUCCCCACAAACACAAAACCCUCCAACCCAAUCUCAAAUUGCUCACUUCUCGCAUCGUCCAGCUCACUCGCAGACGACAGCUUCGUCAGAUAUUUGAUGAAAUUGAGAUUGCCCAAAGACAAUAUGAGAAGCUGAAUACAAUUGUGAUGAACGCAGUAAUGGAGGCUUGUGUUCACUGUGGUGAUAUUGAUUUGGCUGUAAGCGUCUUCAUUGAAAUGUCAAAGCCAGAAGCUUGUGGUGUUGAUGAUAUCACAUAUGGUACCCUGUUGAAGGGUUUGGGUGAGGCUCGAAGAAUUGAUGAAGCAUUUCAACUACUAGAAUCUGUUGAACAAGGUACUGCUGUUGGGAGACCAAAGUUGUCAGCGGUUCUCAUAUAUGGUCUGUUAAAUGCUCUUAUUGAAGCAGGAGAUCUACGCCGUGCCAAUGGUCUUCUUGCACGUUAUGGUUUUGUGCUCCAUGAAGGCAACAGUCCUUCAAUCUCACUAUUCAACUUAUUAAUGAAGGGAUAUAUAAGCAAGGGCUGUCCUCGAGCUGCCUUAAAUUUACAUGGUGAAAUUCUACGCCAAGGGUUGAAACCUGAUAGGCUCACCUAUAAUACGUUAAUAUCUGCAUGUGUGAAGAGCAAAAAUUUAGAUGCUGCAAUGCACUUUUUGGAGGAGAUGAAGGCCAGAGAACAGACAAAUGGACAUCAUGAUCUUUCUCCAGAUAUUGUCACAUAUACUACGCUACUCCAGGGUUUUGGGGAUGCCAUGGAUCUACUUGCAGUUCAAAAGGUGAUAAUGGAAUUGAAAUCAUAUCAUAAAUUGUUCAUUGAUCGGAUUGCAUACACUUCAAUGGUUGAUGCAUUGCUAAAUUGUGGCUCAACUAAAGGUGCACUAUGCAUAUAUGGAGAAAUAUUAAAGCAGGUUGAUCAAAAUCCAGGCCUCCGGCCAAAGCCUCAUCUAUAUCUUUCCUUCAUGCGUGCUUUUGCUGCUAGAGGUGAUUAUUAUGCAGUCAAAAGGCUGCAUAAUCGUUUGUGGCCAGAUUCUGCUGGAACUAUUUCCCCAGUUGUUCAAGUAGAAGCAGAUCACCUUCUCAUGGAGGCAGCUCUGAAUGAUGGCCAGGUUGAUUUGGCAGCUCAACAUCUUUCAAAUAUUAUUAGAAAAUGGAAAGGAAUAACUUGGGAAAGUCGAGGAGGCAUGGUUGCUGUACGAAUAGAAGCCUUGCUGGGUUUUGGCAGGUCCCUGUUUAGUCCGCACCUACUUCAUCAGGUGUCACCCACUGAUCCAAUUGAGAGUAUCAUGUUGCCAUUUGAAGAAGCUCGGCCACUACCAGCUACCUUAGACCUGAGGAAAGUGGUGAUGCAUUUCUUUAGGGAUUCAGUGGUGCCUGUUAUAGAUGAUUGGGGCAGCUGUGUUGGAGUUGUAUACCGUGAAGACUGCAAUGAGUUGAAUGCUCCACUUGCCACAAUGAUGAGAAGUCCACCUCCUUGUGUCUCAGCCUCCACGUCCAUUGGCCAUGUGGUUGAUCUAAUUUUGGAGAAAAGAUAUAAAAUGGUUAUUGUCGUAAAACACAGCAAUUUUUAUGCCAUUUCUUGCAGUUCCAGUUUGAGGGCUGUUGGAGUUUUUACGUCUGAACAGUUGUUUAAACUUGCCAAGCCUGUGCAAAAGUUUUCUGCCCAUGAAAGAUAAUAUAAAAUGUGAAAUUAGAAAUGUUUUGUAUCAUUUACACCUUCCUAUAAAUUACAUUUUGCUCUAGUGUGUUAUAGAGGAAUUAUGUCCUGGAUGAAGCCCAAACAUAAGGCCUCAGGGUGCAUAAAGCUUCCAGCCUCCCAUGACAUAUUAUUAGGGUUCUAGAAGUAAAUGAUGUAUGCUUGAAUAAUUUUUCUACAUUCUUCUUUAUACUUUGUGCCAAGCUCAAGUAUGCCGAGCAUAACUAUUACUGAUGCUAGUUUCUAAAUCUUUUU